AUGAGCAUCUUCACCACUCUCCUGACUCUCGCUGUUGUGAUAGCAGCUGUUCAAUGUGUUCCGUCCACGAGGAAAAAGACUACCUGUGAAAACAAGACAGCUUACUUAAAAUGCCGGAAAGGGUACACAAUAUCUAUUAUAACAGCCAGGUAUGGUCGCACUGACCAUGCUACAUGUCCCAGUAAGAAAAUUCGGACAACCUAUUGCUCAUCACGAGAAUCUUUUGGCAUUGUAAAGCGUUCUUGUAACGGUCGGAAAUUCUGUAAGGUGCGAGUGACGAACAAAGUGUUCGGGGAUCCAUGUAGAGGGACAUACAAAUACCUUAGCGUCAGAUACAUGUGCAAGAAAAUCGCUUCGACAGGUAUAAGCAGAAGCAUCACUUGUGAGAAAAAGAAGAGCACCUUGUCCUGUCGACGUGGUCAGGUACUGGAUAUCGUGUCAGCUAACUAUGGCCGAACUGACCCUAACACGUGUUACAGCAGGUUAAUUAAGACCACGCACUGUUCAUCGUCGAAAUCAUUCUACAAGACCAAGACGCGUUGCCAAGGUAAACGGAGCUGUCGUUUAUACUCGUCCAACAGUGUGUUUGGUGAUCCCUGCCGCGGUACAUACAAAUACCUAGACGUCAAGUACAGAUGUGUUGCCUAUCAGAAGCCCAAGACGUUCACAAAGACAAUUUGUGAAUCAGAGAAAGUGACAAUGAUAUGUCCGUCCAGCAUGCAGCUGAAUAUACUUUAUGCCUCCUACGGACGAACAGACGGACAUACUUGUAGCAGGUAUGGGAUGAUGAGGGACACAAGCUGCAGCGCACCCGGAUGUGUCGAGCGAGUCAGGAAAUACUGCCACGGUCAUCAUUCCUGUACUAUCAAGGCCUCUAACUCGUUGUUCGGUGAUCCGUGUCGAGGCACGUAUAAAUAUCUAAAGCUGAAGUACCAGUGUGUGUACUAA